GAACUAUGAACCGCUUUAGGUAGACGCAGAGCUUCAGUCCACUACGCUCCCCGCACCAAACACCUCUUUGAACACAAACAUGUCACUGUCAAUACCAAACGCUCCUAAUGCAGGGCUCUUCAAGCAAGGCUAUCAGAACUACGACGCCGAAGAUGGCGCUGUCAUUCGCAAUAUCGAUGCCUGUCGGACGAUUGCUUCGACCGUUCAGACUUCACUAGGACCGUACGGCCGGAAUAAAAUUGUCAUCAACCAUCUGUCGAAAAUGAUCCUCACUUCAGAUGCUGCCACAAUUCUGAGGGAGUUGGAUGUCGUGCACCCAGCCGCAAAGCUGAUAGUUAUGGCAUCACAGCAACAAGAGGCAGAGAUGGGCGACGCAACAAACAUGGUGAUUGUGCUAGCAGGCGAGCUGUUAAAGAAGGCAGAAGAGCUGCUGCGAAUGGGUCUAAAGACAAGUGAUAUCGUACAGGGGUAUGAGCGGGCACAGAACGAAGCUUUGAAGAUUUUAGAGUCGCUCGAGCUGGACAAGGUUGAGGACAUACGGGACCAAGAGGAGCUGGCGAAAGCGAUCCGGACCGUCAUCGCCUCGAAGCAGAGCGGCAGCGAAGACUUCCUCGCUGACAUGGUUGCCGAAGCUGUACUAGCCGUGCUCCCCAAGAAUCCUUACAACUUCAACGUCGACAACAUCCGCGUUGUUAAGAUCAUGGGCGGGAGCCUUGAGCAGUCGAAAGUGGUCAAAGGCAUGGUCUUCCCUCGUGAGCCGGACGGCAGCAUCAAAAAAGCUCAGAAAGCCAAAGUCGGCGUAUACUCGUGUCCCAUCGAUAUCUCACAAACUGAAACCAAGGGUACCGUGCUCCUCAAGAACGCAAAAGAAAUGCUAGAUUUCACCGCCGGUGAAGAGGCUCAAAUGGAAGCCAUCAUCAAGGAGCUCUACGAUUCAGGCCUCCGUGUCGUCGUCGCUGGUACUACCGUCGGCGAGCUCGCUAUGCACUACCUUAACCGCUUCAACAUCCUCGUCAUUAAAGUUCUCUCCAAGUUUGAGCUGCGUCGCCUCUGCCGCGUCGUUGGCGCAUCACCGCUCGCCCGCCUCGGUGCUCCGAUGCCGGAUGAGAUGGGCUCUGUAGAUAUCGUCGAAACUCUCGAGAUCGGCGGCGACCGUGUCACCGUGUUCCGCCAGGAGAACGAGCAGACACGCACCGCAACACUAGUCCUACGUGGUGCAACACAGAACCACCUAGAUGACGUUGAGCGCGCUGUCGACGAUGGUGUCAACGUCGUAAAGGCUAUCACGCGCGAUCCUCGACUCGUACCCGGCGCCGGAGCUGCUGAGAUGCAGCUGGUAGAGCGCAUUACGGCGUUUGGCGAGAAAACUAGUGGGCUGACGCAAUACUCCAUCAAGAAGUAUGGUGAAGCAUUUGAGGUGAUUCCGCGCACACUGGCCGAGUCGGCGGGUCUCGAUGCAACUGAGGUGCUCUCGCGGUUGUACACAGCACAUGCAGCACAAAAAGGAGGCAAGAGCGUAUGGACAGCAGGUAUUGAUAUUGAGAAUGAGGAUGGCACAGGUGUCCUAGAUGCGCGUGAGGAGGGCAUCCUGGAUUUAAUGGUCAGCAAGAGCUGGGCGAUCAAGCUUGCUACAGAGGCGGCGAGGACGGUAUUGAGUGUAGAUCAGAUCAUUGUGGCCAGGCAAGCUGGUGGUCCGAAACCCCCAGGCCCAAACCCAAACUGGGAUGAGGACUAGAUGUAAAUAUCGAGCAGCAGAGGGUCUGAUAUGAGAUUUGCAAUCGUCUGCAGGUUUCCGACUGCAUGAUAGGUCGCAGACCAUAGAGGAGCAUCGGAUAUCUUUGGUCCUCAGUACAGUAACAAAUUUUAUAUCCCCCAUGAUAAUCACUUUCCCCUAGGUGAUCAGAAUCUUGAAUUCCUUUGGUGAGACCUGUACGCCGUGAAUCCAACAUAAGCUCCUGUAACAACAAGCCCAAAGAUCACAAAUUUCAGAAAGAACCACGUCCAGCUACCUCCCUGCUUGUUCUGUUUACUGUAUUUACU